GAAAGUACGCAUGGUUAUCAUGCAAACGGCAACAAGGCCUCUCGUAGGUGCACAUGGUGCUCCGUUUGCUCGGCGGGCGGCGCUGGUUCCAAAGGCUCGCCGGCAACCGGGCAGCCCUCGCCGCACCUCAAAAAUAGGCAGCAGCAGCACCAGCUCCACCACCACCACCACCACCAAUUUAUCCGAAGCCAAUGGGCCGGCCACCAGCACGGUUGCCCGCCCUGACCUCCACUUUGACCUUAACCAGGCCGUCGAGCUGAGGGCCACUGUGACGGUAAACAUGAAAAAUUUCUGGUUAAAAGAGGAUAUGCUUGAUCAGGCGCUUGAUGUUUUCCACAAUCUCUUUACACAAAAUUGGUUGUACCUCGAGCUCGUUAGCUCCGAAUUGGAUCCAAAAACAGGACAGGAGUGGGAUGUAGUCUCCGGCAAAGUCCAGCACUCACGGAGCCUGGAGGAGGACUGGCACAUGUACGAUGCUAGCUUCAUGGUGCCGGCAUCGUUCGGCCCCAUCGGCGCCGUGCAAGUGAAGAACUACCACUACACGGAGAUGUUGUUAGGGGACAUUAAGGUCUUCCCAGCCGGGGAGAACUCUGGGUCGUCCGCCGUUGCAUUAUUCCACUGCAACUCCUGGAUCAACCCCUCACAGUACAGCCCUGAAAAGCGUAGUUUCUUCCCUCUCGAGAACUCGUACCUCCCGUCGCAGACUCCCAAGGGCGUGGAGAGGCUGCGCGAGAGCGAGCUGGUGGCCCUUCGUGGCACCGGCUACGGCGAACGCAAGGCAUACGACCGCAUCUACGACUACGAUGUGUACAACGACCUUGGGGACCCCUGCAAAGACAAAAGCACCAAUCGGCCUGUACUCGGCGGCAAGGAGCACCCCUACCCACGACGCUGCCGCACAGGACGUCCGCACUGCCGGAAAUAUCCGUUGUCGGAGACAAUACCACCCAAGGGGGUAUCCAUUUAUGUUCCCGAGGACGAAAAUUUCACGGAGCGCAAGGAGUUAGCGUUCAACACAAAGUUGUUCAUGUCGCUGCUCCACGGGAUAUGCAGGAUUAUGAAGCGGUCGAAGCACAGUAGCCAGAGUUUCCCCACCUUGGAGGCCAUUAACGCGAUGUACGACGACGAGUUCAGGAACCAGCCACUGCAGCCAGACGGUGGAAAGUUCAAAUUUAUCGCCGAAUUUCUCGAGAAGGAGGCGCUUCUUCUCUUUGAGAAGGAAGGGGCAGAGUUUCUUGAGGGGAUACGCAGAGUCUUCGAGUUUGAAACGCCCGAGAUUCACGACAGGGACAAGUAUGCUUGGUUCAGAGACGAGGAGUUUGCGCGUGAAACCCUUGCCGGGGUGAACCCACUGAGCAUCCAACUAGUCAGGGAAUUGCCUCUGGUGAGCAAGCUGGACGAGAAAAUCUACGGCCCGGCGGACUCCUUGAUAACUAAAGAGGUGAUUGAAGAGCAGAUCAACGGUGUCAUGACAGCUGAGGAGGCCGUGGCUAAGAAGAAGCUGUUCAUGCUGGACUACCACGACUUGUACCUUCCAUUUGUCAACAAGGUGCGCCAGCUCGAGGGCACGACCUUGUACGGGUCACGUGCGCUCUUCUUCCUAGCCGGCGAUGGCACGCUCCGGCCCAUCGCCAUCGAGCUGACGAGGCCCAAGUCGGCAAGCAAGCCACAGUGGCGUGAGGUCUUCACGCCGGCAUCAGGACACAAAGCCAGCAUCACCGGGUCCUGGCAGUGGCAACUCGCCAAGGCCCAUGUCGUGUGCCUCGACACUGGCUACCAUCAGCUUGUCAGCCAUUGGCUCAGGACACACUGUUGUGUCGAGCCGUACAUCAUCGCGGCGAACCGGCAGCUUAGCCAGAUGCACCCCAUCUACCGGCUGCUCGCCCCGUCCUUCCGGUUCACCAUGGAGAUCAAUGCCCAGGCACGCAAGUUGCUCAUCAACGCCGAUGGGAUCAUCGAGAGCACCUUCUCACCGGGGAAGUACUCCAUGGAGAUCAGCUCGGCCGCCUACGCCGAGCAGUGGCGGUUCGAUAAGGAGGCGCUGCCAGAGGACCUCAUCCGGAGGGGCAUGGCGGUCAGAGGAGAGGAUGGCAAGCUGGAGCUGGCCAUAGAGGAUUACCCAUACGCCAAUGAUGGCCUGCUGGUCUGGGAUGCCAUCAAGCAGUGGGCAUCCGACUACGUGGCGCACUACUACGCAUGCGCGGCGGACAUCGUCGACGACGUGGAGCUCCAGGCUUGGUGGAAGGAGGUGCGCACCAAAGGCCAUGCGGACAAGAAGGAUGAGCCAUGGUGGCCGCAGCUUGACUGCCACGAGAGCUUGGUCCAGACCCUAUCCACCAUCAUGUGGGUGGCGUCGGCGCAUCAUGCCGCCGUGAACUUCAGCCAGUACCCAUAUGGUGGGUACGUCCCAAACCGGCCCUCCAUAGCCCGCAUAAACAUGCCGUCAGAGAUGGGCCCCGAUGGCAUGCGCGCGUUCAUGGAGGCGCCGGACAAGGUGCUGCUGGACACAUUCCCGUCCCAGUACCAGAGCGCCCUGGUGAUGGCGAUACUGGACGUCCUCUCGUCGCACUCGUCGGGCGAGGAGUACUUGGGCACGUACCAAGAGCCGGCGUGGCAACAGAAUGGCAAGAUCGACAAGGCGUUCGAGGACUUCAGGGAGAGCAUGUUGAAGAUCGGGGUGCAGGUCAACAAGUGGAACAGGGACCCCGAGCGGAAAAACCGGUGUGGUCCGGGCAUGGUGCCGUAUGUGCAGCUAAGGCCAUCGGACGGUGAUCCUAUGGCCGCCAAAACGGUGAUGGGGAUGGGCGUUCCAACCAGCAUCUCCAUUUGAGUAGAAUAUAUAUUACCUGUUUCACCCAGUUGAAUGUAAUAAAGUAAAAAUGACUUUCUCUUCAAGUACCA